AUGAACCUUGUCAGUGGAUAUAACGCGUAAUAAAUCAGACUGGCGAUCAUGCUUUACUUUAUUCGUAACGCUACGUUUGAGGUGACGUCAUCAGCGUGACAACACACGCGCAAAGCGUCCAACGGGAUGACGUCAGUCGUACCUAGACAAGAGGGGAUCCCACAUAAUUGAUUAUUUUAGUUAGAUAUAGUUAAACCCCGUGCUAUAAUCGAUUUUUAUAUCACACUUAUCACUAUAAACUCACAGAAAGUCUCUCCACGUGUCAAUCAUUCGGCGCGCUGAAGGUUCAAGCCAUCAGGUUGGCUGCGUUUUUUUGGAGGACGGGGAUAUGGAGUUGUGGCUAGAAGGGACACAGCUAUGGACACAAUCUCGUGGAAUCUCGCCGGAUGAGCGCUGUUUAUUUCAUCCCAAUCCUACUCCCGUAACGUUUCAUGGGAUUUAAGAGCUCAGAUAUCACCUGUUGCUAAGACAUUAACCAGCCUAAUACAGACCAGAACACACUGCCGAACCAUAAUACAUCAGAAAGAAAGAAGAUUGACGUGCAUGUAGAAGAUGAGAAGUGAUGAUAUGAAUGUUAACCAUCUCUCACUGGAUUCACUCAGUUUGAUUGAGCAAGAAGAUUCAGAUCAUGUCAAGAUCCUGGAUGAUGAAUCUGAAACAGAGCUGGACACUCAGGGUAAGGUGGACAUAUUCAUCAAAUCCUCUUACAUUUAUAAAGAAUUAAAGUGCACUUGUGUUUUUCUAUCAGAGGUGAAGACAAAUGAUUUGUUGUCUACUGGAGAAAUAUACCUACAGGCGUGUAAACUGGUGGGUGUUGUGCCGGUCAGAUAUUUUCUCAGAAAUCUGGGUUCUGACACGAUUAAUAUGAACCAUCAUGGAUUGGGUCCACUGGGAGGAAAAGCCCUGGCCAUCGCGUUUGUGACAGAUGUUCACACCACAACCCUGCAGUUAGCAGAUAACUUUCUAUUGGCUGAAGGAGCAAAAUAUCUCAUGGAGAUGCUGAGGACCAAUCUCACUAUCCAACAUCUUGAUCUGUCCAACAAUCACUUGCAGUCUGCAGGCGCUGAAUAUGUGGCUAAAAUGCUCCUGGAAAAUAUUUCCAUCAUAUCAUUAAAACUUUCAGGGAAUAAAUUUGGUGAAGAUGACGCCAGAUGGUUUGCAGAUGCUUUAUCGAGCAACUACAGAGUCAAAGAGUUGGAUUUGAGUCACAAUCGCUUCUGUGGUCGAGGUGGGGAGCAUCUCGGUCAGAUGAUAGCAAACAAUGACGGUUUAGAGGUUCUUGAUCUCAGCUGGAAUCAUCUGCGAAUGAAGGGAGCCGUAGCUUUCUGUGCAGGUCUAAAGGUCAACAGUACUCUCAAACAUUUGGACCUGUCAUGGAACGGCUUUGGGAAUGAAGGAGCUUUGGCUUUAGGUGAAGCUCUCAAGUUCAACAACACAUUAAUAGAUCUGAAUCUGAACAACAACCGCAUCACAGACGAGGGUGCGAGUAUGCUCUGUAAGGGCCUGGAGGCCAAUGACACACUGAGAAUACUGAAGUUGGCAUAUAACUCAUUGACAGUAGAGGGAGCUUUAACUCUGAUCAAUGUCAUCAGGAAUACACCUAAAACUGCCAUAGAGGAGAUCAACAUAUCUAAUGUGCUGGUGAAUGAGAACUUUGUUCAGCUGUUAGAGUUGACCUGUCAGGAGAAUCCCAGUCUACAGGUGCAGUAUGGAGGGGUCGGGGGAUUCAUUGCCAAAAAGCCCCGGAAGCGCAUUGACCCAAUGAAGAUCAUUCAGGAUUAUCUUGACCAGCGUAAACUUCGCCUGUGGGAUUUCUUCCGUAAUAUUGACAAGGACGGUACGAUGCAUGUUUCAGUCGUGGACUUCAGAAAAGCUGUCCAGCAAUCCAGCAUCCCACUGGAGAGAUUUCAGAUUGAAGAACUGAUUCAGAGACUGGACAGAGACGGGACAGGGAUGGUGGAUUACAGAGGCCUGGCGGACACACGUAAGCAGAUGAUGCGAGAUCACCGCCGUCAGCUGAGGAAAGUGGAAUCUCGGCAGAAGAAGGAGAAACAAAAGAGCGACAGGAUCCUGAAGACUUUCGAGAGCGCGGUGGAGGCAGUGACUCCUCACAGCUCUAUGUUAAUAUCAGCCAGCGGUGUUCGGGAGGAAUGGAGCGGACCGCAGCACUUCUCUGCUACACCGCUCAGCUCCUGGCAUCAUAUCGUCAUGUCUAACAGCAGUCGUUUCUCUGUUAAUAACAUGAGCAGUGAACACAUUCACCUGCCUGUCAUAGCAGGGGCAACGUCUUACAAACCAUUGAGCGUACGCUCGUAUUCCCAACCCAACAUCUCCACCAGCGGCCACAAACCUCCCAUCAGUAAACCAGCAUCGGCUCAGGGAAUACAUGAUUCAACAUCUAACCCCAUGACUCCAACAGCUAACCUGACCAGAUCCAGACCUGCAUUAAACACAAAACCAACUCCUAAAGCAGGAGAGAAAAACAAGAAAAGAAGACAAAGAAAAGGAAAGCAAAAAAGUCUAAACAUCAUCUGACUAAACUAUAAAGGCCAUGUGGCAUUUUCAAUAUGAAGUAGGGGAGAGUUGGGCACAAACUAACACUUUUUGGCUUUGGCUCUAUCAUUAAAAAUAUUUAAGUUAGAUGAAUCAUUUAUUACACAAUCAACACACACAUCUCUGCUACAAAUGAACAAUUAAAGUUUGUUUGUGGGAACUACCGUUAUCAUACAAUUACACUGAAAGUGACAGGAGUGCAAACUUUACCUCAUAGGUGGGCUUCAUUGUAACAAACAGAGGGUUUGUUGUUACACCUGCUAGAAAAUUUAGUUUAAACACAAAUAAUUCAAUCAAAUUCUGUCUAUAUACUAAAGGUGGAUAUUGUUUCUAUAUCUGACUAUAAUAGAUAGAUAUCCACACAUUCAUCCAUCCAUCAUCCUUUAUAUAACCAUUCUUGAAUUAAGCAUGAAUGCAUAGAAAUACAUUUUUUAAUAGGACAAAAACUAAUAAUAGUGAGUUAUUUCCCCUGAUAUUGUAUUAGCAGUUAUCAUUUUGAUGAAUAAUAUUUACAUUGUUUUCAUUUCAUCAUCAUUGUAUACCUGAGGCUUUAUUGUGAGACUGUGUGACAACUAACCCCGCUGUGUAAAAAUGUUUUUAAUCCCAGCAAUCAGUUACUAGGAGUUGUUGACAUCUUUUAAAAUGGUGUUUUGUUUUAGUGAUUAAAACAAUAUAAGGUUGGAUUUGGUGACUUACACACACACAACUCAGAAAUUGAAAAAAAAAAAUAACAUAAAGAAAUUUACUUUCAUGCCUCCUAAACACUCUUUGUUCAAUAUAUUAAUGAAAACUUAUCAAACUUUUCACGAAUUCACAGAAGAUCUUCUGACUGUAAGAGAAAAAGACCAAAAGCACAGAUUCGGCUUGGUCCAGUAGAAAUAUGUCAAGUAGCCAUAAUAGUAGUUACAAUUACUACUUGCUCACUACAAUACUCAAUAUAAACUCUAUAAUGUCAACUGUUUUAAAGAAUAGUUUGUGAAAUAGCUGCGCAGCUUUUCCUAAAACUGAAUCAGAUUGAAUGCUAAUUAUCUUCUUACACACUGUGUUAAGUGUUGACAGAACUGGAAAUAAUAAAUGAAAUGAUAAUUGUAUUGUAUUGUAUUGUAUUGUGGGAU